AUGUCGAGUUCAACGAUGGAAGCGACACAGAUGAAGGUGAAAACGGCCGUGGAUUCGAUGAUCGACGAGAUGGACCGGAGUCAUCUGCGAGAGAUGCAGAAGCAGAUGUUCUUGUGUUCGGCAAACUGUUGCGACCACAAGUCCAGUAGCCGUGAAGUAGUCGAAAGUUGUGUGGAAAAGUGUAAUAGCGGUAUGAAGAAUGCUCAACGAACCCUUGAAAAGGAGCUUGGUGGUUUGCAGGAGGUCUUUUGUCGUUCGAUUACUGGAGGUUUUUGUGAUGAAGUACUCGUCAGUCCUUUCCAGGACCAGCUCUCACGCUGUGCAAUGACAUGCUAUGAUAAAUUAGUACAGAAUUUUGGCCCGGAUGUAAAUAAAUACACAGAGACGCAGAUGCUUCAGUUUAAUGACCGGCUGGAUAAGUGUGUUGCUGUAUGCGCCGAUGACCAUAUAAAACUGAUUCCGAAGAUUAAGGAACGUUUUGUCAGAUCACUCUGA